AUGGAGGCAGCCCGUUGUCCGGAAGGCCGCUUGGCCAAGGCACCCGCACGUGCUGCUCCGGAGCGCACCGGUCAAACCCGCUGCCAUCGGGGCGUGUGGGUGCGCCCGGGCGGCCGCCGCCUCAACACCGAGACACAAAAUAAUCACCAGAACAAAAGCCGAUUUUAUCUCCCCGCAAAACCCGCCGGAACCUUUGGAACUUUUAUUUGCGGCAUUUUGGCGCCCUCUGCCUGUUCGGAUUGCUUUCGUGCUCGCCUUCAACCCAGCAAAGAAAACGGUCGAGCUGCAGGUUUUCCUCCUGGAUGGAUUUGCCCUCAGGACCUGGGCGUGGAUUCGGGGGUAGGAUUAUCCUUCAAAGUCGGGGUGACAAAAUGUAACCAAAUUAGGGGGCCAGACGUCAAAGGCAAGUGCAUCCGCAUUCCACUGAAGAAAGGUGAAGGGCUGCGAAAUUUCUGCCUGAAGGGGUGCCAUGGAGUCUGGCAACAAUUACCCCCAGAUCUUGUUGGCAGCUGCUUAAAAUCUGCCCAAGGACCUGCAGAUUGUCAGCUGGAAUUCCCAGAGGUCAGAAGCACUGAGGAUGCAAGAGGCAGCCUGGGCCAGAAAUUCUCAGGGCAGUUGUUCCCUAUAACCCAGCUGGAUGGACUCAGAGGAGCACUGGGUCAUGAUCCAGGCUGGAAGAAGGGUUUGAAAACCGGUCUGCCCUACAGAACCUUCAAAAGUCAAGGACUUGGAGUCAGAAGAUACCCGAAGGCCACGGGACCGUGCAGGGCAUGGGCUGAAAGCUUCCACGUAGAAUGAACAGGCCUGCAUAUUCUCUCCCAGUAGCUCAAUACAGACAGCCACCUCCAUGCUCUCUGGCCCCCAACCCUUGGCUGGAAAUGGGCCCUAGGAAAGAGGCGCCAAUCUAACAGUUACUGAUGAGCACAGAGAGAGAAUUAGGUAGGGGGUUUGAAAAUAGGGCGGUUAACUGAAAGCUUAAUGAUGGUAAACUAUCCAACCCACUUCUGAGAACCUGAUGCCGGAAGGCCACAGCCAGGAAAAUACUCCCCAACAAGAGAUUGGAGGCUGCUCUAGAGAAAUGGGUUACUACAAAAAGGCCAAAAUUUUAGUUUGGCAUCUGCUGUGAAGCCCACUUGUCCACAGCUCUGCUCACACAGAGAGGUUGCUAAUCCCUUUCAAGCAUCUUAAUCUGAAUUAUAAAAGGACAAUCAAGGAUUAUCAGGUAUUUAAGAAAACUUGCAACAUAAAUUAGAGGGGACUGGUAGGAAUGACUCCAGAGGAAAUAGAGAUGAUGUAGGAACAGGAUUUGUUUGUGUGUAUGUGUGUGUGUGCCCACUGAGCUGGUAGAGAAGAAAGUUUAUUCAUAAAAUAAGAGCAGAAAGAUAGAUAUAAAACUAGUAUCAGAAAGGAAGAGAGAUUUCUUGGGAAUUAAAAUAUGAUAACAAGAUAUAAAUUUCAACAGAGUUAGAACAUAACAUAGAACAAGUCCUAGAAAGUAAAACAAAAAUACGAAGUAAUGGAAAAUAGGAAAGAAAGAGGUUCAAAACAAAAAGUUCAAAAUUUCUGAAAUUCCAAAAGGAGAACAGAAAGGAAGAAAUUACCAAAGAGAUGAUAGAAAAGCCUUUUCCCCAGACCUGAGGUUCAUAAGCCUCCAGGUUAAAAAGGUACACUGAGUGCCUAGCACAAUGAAUGUAAAGGUCUUGAAAUGUCAGAGAUAAAGACAAGGUGCUAGAUCCUCCCAGAGAGGAAGCAAACAAAUGGAAUCAGGGAAUGGAAUAUAUACACUAGAGGUAAGAGGAUAAACCUUUUCAACUUGUAGUGGAAAAUUGUUCUCAGUCUCGGACUCUAUACCCAGCUGAUUUAUCCAACAAAAUAAAGGCAAAAUAGGCAUAUUCAGACUUUUGCAGACCCCGACAGAAUGAGAGUUAAAACUAAGCAGGAGCAGUACAUGGGACCCAAAAAGGAUGUUACCUACCCAGGAGGAUGUCAAAGGGAAGUUGCAGGGAAAUUCAGACAACAGCGGCUUUCUUGGAAAGGUAAAACCAUCUACUUGAACACGGGCAGGGCAGUCUCCGGACUCUUUGGAGGCAAAAGUAAGGUGCUAUGGGGGACAGUGAGCAACCCCUUCAGACUGAAGACUAACUGCAUACGUCCCAUUUGGAUCCUGUAGGAGCCGUCCAACCAACCAGUGGGCCAGGAAAAGCCCAUGCAGACCAGGUGCUGGAGGGUCUAGGAAGCCUGGCUAAGAAGUUUGAACUUUAUGUAUAGACAUUGAUCCCCCUAGAGAUGAAUGUCCACCCUGCAGGGGCACAAAUUGGGAGGCAGCAAGAACACACUGGGUCUUCUCUUUUGUCAACAUUAUAUAUAGAAAUGGACAUUAAGGUCCUCACUCAGCCUGUAUUUCAGAUGGCCAAUGAGUGUGUGAACUUAUCGUAAAGGGGUGUGGGUGGCAGAAGGGUCCCCUCCCCAUUUCUCUGCUGCUUCUUUAUUGUCACAUGUUGCAGCCCAGGUGGCUCAUGUUUUAGCUUAAUUAACCCUCAGAAAAUGACCGAGUGGCUUAAAAAGAUUCUUGGAAAGAAAUGGCACCUUGAACAUGGUACCAAUAAAGGAAGCACAGACGAACAACAAGAAAAUGACAGAAAAUACACUUGCACUUCAGCACAAGGUAAAAGCAACAAGAGUCAAGUCACCUCUGAGACGAAGCUAGACAAAGUUUUAAAUGAUGCACUGUCAUGAGGGUUUGUGACUAUUAUUCAAGAAGAACCUCACCCUAAAUGUAAAGCGUGUCUUUAGAUGGCAGCUAAUGACAGGAUCUGGCACCGUGACCAACAGGACAUCUAAAAACACUUCCUAUUUCAGUUUAAACUCGCCUUUUAAGAUUUUCUGUAGUUGUGUAUUUUAUCACGUAUGAAUACAGUUGUAUUCGCAUAUUAUUUAUAUGGCCUGUUAAUUUUUUUCCCACUGAUUGUGUGAAGAUUCAAAAGAGCCUCAGGCCACUGCUAUAGAUGAUGGGAAUUCCAUCGAUGGGAACUGCGGUGCUGUGACUAAAAUUCUGCUGGAGGGAAAAAAAUUAGUCAUAUGGGGAUGGGUUCCAUGAAUAUUUAAAAUAGCGCAAGCAUGAAGCAGUAACGACCUAAAUGAGAUUAACCUUAAUCAGCCCUUCAAUUGAAAUAAUGGAAUAAAUUUGAGAAGUACUGCAAAGGAUAAGGAACUGAGAGAGUGUGGCUUGUUUAAUAAGAGAGGGCAUCUGUCCUUAUACUCCCUGCCAAAUACAGCUACCAACAGAAUAAACCACAAUAAUUAAUAUUAGCUUUAUGAGUAUACUGAACGCUCCUAGAACAUGUAAUUCUGCUUAACACCUAUUUUCAGGGUCACCCAGGGUUAUGUAUGUAGGAGCACUGUCUUGGUGUCCUUACCCCAAGGGAGUACUUUAAGGUUAUUAAAUUAGAAAAGCUGGAUUCCAACCCGGGAAGUCUAGCUCCAGACCAUACCCUAACUGCUGCAAGAGUAUAAUCGGUAUUAAUUACUCUGAAAUACCUCCACAGGAUUCAUACUUCUUUUUAAGACAUCCAGCUAUUCAAUAACAAGUUUUCCAGGCUGUGGCUCCAAAAUUUGUGAAUUGGAAGUAAACCAAUUUAUUUUCUGUUGAUUCAUAGAGAAACAGAAGCCUCCAAUUCUAGACAUAGCCCGUAAGUGGACAAA